UCAGAGUGCAAAUUCACCUGCACCAGCGGUAAAUGCUUGUAUCUUGGUUCACUGGUCUGUAACCAACAGAAUGACUGUGGGGACAACAGUGAUGAAGAAAACUGUCUCCUGGUGACUGAACAUCCACCUCCGGGCAUCUUCAACUCGGAGCUGGAGUUUGCCCAGAUCAUCAUCAUCAUUGUGGUGAUUACAGUGAUGGUCGUGGUUAUUGUCUGCCUGCUGAAUCACUACAAAGUGUCCACGAGGUCUUUCAUCAACCGCCCAAGUCAUAGCAGGAGGCAGGAGGACAGGCUGCAGCCGGAAGGGCGCCUGUGGCCUUCAGACAGCUCUGGUUCUCGGCCAGGUGCCUCAGAGAUCAUGUAUGCCCCACGCUCUAGGGACAGGUUUACUGCUCCGUCCUUUAUCCAGAGGGAUCGGUUCAGCCGCUUCCAGCCCACCUACCCCUACGUGCAGCACGAGAUCGACCUUCCCCCCACCAUCUCCCUGUCUGAUGGGGAAGAGCCGCCCCCUUACCAGGGACCCUGUACGCUGCAGCUCAGGGACCCUGAACAGCAGAUGGAACUCAACCGAGAGUCUGUAAGGGCCCCGCCCAACCGGACCAUAUUCGACAGCGAUCUGAUAGACAUCUCAGUUUAUAAUGGGGGCCCGUGCCCACCCAGCAGCAAUUCGGGCAUAAGUGCCAGCACUUGCAGCAGUAAUGGGAGAAUGGAGGGGCCACCCCCGACGUACAGCGAGGUGAUGGGCCACUACCCAGGAGCCUCUUUCUUCCAUCACCAGCACAGCAACGGGCACAGAGGGAGCAGACUGCACAACUCCGGGAGCACAGACAGGAAGCCUGGGAACCUUGUCUGA